AUGUCUCCUGGUCCAGAUGUCCUGGUUCAAGAGACAUGCUUCAGUCCUAGAGGUUCAGAUGCGCCGGAAGGCGAUGGCUUUUUGGUCACGAUGAUUGACAAUAUCCAAGAGCACAGGAACGAAAUCGCAUGCGUUCGGCUGUACAUGGGAACUGGGUGGAUUCCCAACGCAUCCCUGAAAAUGGAGAUUUCAUCGAGGCAUUGCCGGACUUAUACUCCCGAGGUCAUGGAAGCCUGGGCUAAGUGGAUAUUGAGAGAAAGAAAGAGAGGCAUUCGGGAGUUGAAUGCUUAUACCUGCUAA